GGUGAGAUGGUUGACGAACGAAAUGUGUCAUAAUUUUAGAUGUAUAGGCAUAACGAAGCGAUUUCAUCUCCGUCAACAAAGUUUUUAGCGGACGUUUAGAAUAUUAAGUGUGUUUAAUUCAUAGUUAGUUAAUGCAUCAAUAUUUUGUCACAUAAAGGAAUGAGAGAAACGAUUGGCAAAGCUAGCUGCAAGAGGUUUAUUUGAUACAUUAGUGCUCGAUGCAGUAUGACCCUUACAGGAUGGAGGCUAAUAUUGAACCGAGUAAUGAUCAUACCCCAGCGCUAUGUUCUCGGAGUCUUGGGUCUGUUUGCCUUAGCGAACUCCUUCACAAUGCGGGUCUGUCUCAGCAUGACAAUCACUCAGAUGGUGACACACAGAGCUCCCACAGAACAUAUCGUAGGUGAGACCUGUCCUGACAUGUCAAUCAUGUCGAAUGUUACUGUCAGUGAGGUUCCAGAUGAAACUUUGAUGAUUUAUGAGCGCCGAGAAAAAUACGACUGGAGCGAAGCGACUCAAGGGUUUUUGCUUAGCGCCUUUUACUAUGGAUACGUGCUGACUCACCUACCCGGUGCACUGCUAGCAGAGAAGUUUGGCGGCAAAUGGACUGUUGGCCUCGGUCUGCUGACCACAUCGGUGGCCACAGUGCUGACCCCUUGGGCUGUUACCGUCGGAGGCGCUGUCGGAUUGUUUGCGAUUCGCGUUAUUGAGGGUAUGGGAGAGGGUCCAGUAACACCAGCUUUCGUGCUGUUGUUAGCACGAUGGGUACCCCCGUCAGAACGAUCCCGAUUUGGCGCCAUGAUAUUCGGUGGCGCACAAAUUGGCAACAUUUGUGGGCCCUACAUCUCAGGCCUGUUGCUGGCUGAUGGUGGAGAUUGGGCCAAUGUUUUCUAUGUGUUUGGAGGCUUGGGAAUAAUAUGGUUCAUAUUUUGGAGCCUCUUAUGCUACAGCACUCCGAACACGCAUCCAUACAUAUCGGACGAGGAGCGGGCUUACCUGAAAGAGACCGUCAUCGCCUCCGGUCUACACAAGAAGCUGGAUCCUGUGCCCUUUAAGGCUUUGCUGAGAUCGCCGCCGCUUUGGGCCCUCGUUGCUGCUGCUAUCGGUCACGAUUGGGGCUACUUCACAAUGAUCACCGAUCUGCCCAAGUAUUUCUCCGACGUACUCCGGUUUAACAUCAAGGAGACCGGUCUCAUGUCUGCCCUCCCUUAUAUGGCUAUGUAUGUGUCCUCGUUUGUGAUGGCUGGCCUGUGUGAUCUGUGCAUUAAGAAGAAAUGGCAUAGUAUUACCACUGGCAGGAAGAUUUACACGACUUUGUCCUCUUCCGUGCCAGCCGUUUUUAUCAUGCUGGCCUCGUACUCCGGCUGCAACCGCGCAGAGGCUGUCGGCCUCUUCAUAGCCUCCAUGGUGUUCAUGGCGGGCUUCUAUAGCAGCGUCAAGAUCAAUGCGAUGGACAUCGCGCCGAACUACGCGGGAACGUGCUCUGCAUUUGCGAAUGGGAUCGCGGCGAUUUCGGGAAUGGUCACGCCUUAUUUGAUCGGGUUGUUGACUCCUGAUCAAACAAUAGGCCAGUGGCGCAUUGCAUUCUGGGCAGUAUUCACGGUUCUAGUAGGCACUAACAUCAUUUACCUAAUCUGGGGCAGCGGUGAGCCCCAGUGGUGGGACGACGUGGACAAGUACGGUUAUCCUCCGGAUUGGAAACAUGGCCCGCUGAAGAAACGAGCAGUGGACACGGAAAAGAAGAUAGUGCACCCGAAACAUGACCAUUCGCCGGUAGCUAACGACUGAAAAUAAAAUUGCCUUGAAAAUUUAUAACAUUGCCUACUUUU